GAGCUAUUCUGGCGGCUACUCAGUAUUCCAAAAUGGGUCUAAUGCUGUGCAACCGUCCAAAUAGUAGUGGGCAUGUACUAGCUAACAAUCAUCGCAAUGUAAUGCGGCCCCUUGGCUGCAAAAGUGCGGGACAAGACUAUCUGUGAAUAUGCCCGUUCUCAAGCCUUACACUCGUUCUAACACCAUAUAUAUUCGAAUUAGCUUGACACAAGCUGGCGAAGAACUAUUUAAGAUAAUAAAUCUGCUAUACAGCAUCCAGCACUGGGCAUCUUUGUGUCCUACUUGUACUAAUUCAUGCUCCGAAGAUGUCAGUUAUGAAAUUGAGGAAUGUCGUCAAUAAUCAGUCGGCUUCGAAAGGUAGAUUGAUCAUGGGCAUAGAUAUGGGAACUACCAGGGGCGCGGUUGCCGAUUUGCUACUUCCGGACGGCAAUCAAGAGCUUGGGCACCAGCAUGAGCCAGAGCCUUUUCUGUUUGCCGACUGGAAGGGCUCUUGGGGAAGUGGAGAUGAGUUUCCUUUGACAGCGCUCUACUACAACGAAAAUGAUCAGCAGGAGACUUUGCCAAUGACUGGCCACGAGUUGAGAAUGCUGCUGGACAGCGCAACACCAUUCAACACAGAGCGAUUUUUCCCUAUAUGGAAGCUACUUUUCCACGAUAGUAGGGACCCGGUCACCGCUUCACUUCAGAAACCGAUGCUAGCAAGGCUGGAGAAAUUGAACAAAACGAGGGAGGAUCUUCUGCGGGACUGGGUAUCGAUUGUCUAUAAGGAGCUGAUAUACGACUCCUUCGGCAAUUUGCCUGCUCUGAGAAAGGGGGUGAUACCAGACCUCGAAGACCUGAAAAUUGAGGUUAUUGUUCCAGUACCACCGGGACGCUCAACAAUUGCACAUGAAAUGGUGCGGAAUGCUUUAGUCCAAGGUCCCAUAACGUCAGAGCAGGUGUUUUUGGUUUCGGAGCCAGAGUGUUCGUUCGGAUGGUGGUGUCACAUAGAAGCCGAGAAGGGGCAGCAUGAGUGGAAGAUCGGCACAAGGUACAUAGUUCUUGAUGCUGGCGGCGGUACUGCGUGUACGGUCACCUACAAGUUGACAGGUAUCAAUCCGCCAAGAUUUAAACAGGAGUUUGAAAGUGAAAGUAUGAUCUGUGGCGCAGAAACCAUUUCUGAAAACUUUAGAAGGCUUCUGGAUGCUAAAGUUCCAGAAGGAAUAGCACACCGACCAUGGGCGAUACAACACGCUCUGAAUUCGUUCAACAAAGGGUACAAAAAUUAUUUCGGAAUCUCGAAAGACCCGCGGCCAUUUUGCAUUUUAAUACCAGGUCUGGUGAAUGAGUUGACAAUCAAUCAUGAAGAUAUCGUGCAGUGUUUCGCCAAGCCUCUGGAGAGAUUGGUAAUUGCAGUCAAAAGACAGAUGAAUCGAGAUAGAGAAUCCGUUCCUGAUUAUUUGAUAAUGGGUGGAGGUAUGUGCCUCAACACAUAUAUCUCCGAAGCACUGCGGAAGGAGUUUAGGCAACUAAAAGUAUGUCAACUACGCCAUAACAAAGCACAUAUCGUAAAAGGCGCCGUCUGGCUAAGGUCCCAGCAAGAUUUUAUCACCCGCCGCCCUUUGAAGUAUACGAUUGGUGUAGUCACCUCGAAGGAGGUUGAUUUCUCGGUCAGGCGCUUCAGCGGCAAAGGAUAUAGAAGUGAAGACACGUGGAAAAAUCAGAGAGACGGCAAACACUAUAUAUCUGUGGUCUACUUCUUGGCCAAGAAGGGUCAGCUAGUCGACUCCAGUUACAAAGUCACAUCCGAGGGGUUUAAGGACGCCCGCUUACGGUACUCCACGUCCGCGUUACUCCAAGAUCUAAGUUUUGAAGAUGUGGUAUACACCAUAAACUAUACGCCUGACCAAGACGAGAAAUUUGUGUUCGUGCGUCAAGAUGGGCGACUGGUCAAUAUACAUGGAGCAUUGAUUCGUGACCCUGAAAAAUCGGACAGAAUCCGGUGGAAUGCAAUGGAUAGUGGCAUCGACCUGAGAGAGUUGAAACAAAAGAGGUUUCGCGAAUCGACGCCAUCUUACAUGAUAAAAUAUACAAUACACGCCGAAAUGACAGACGUGGAUUGCAAGUAUUGCGUCAUGAUAUUUUCCAUAAGUGGACAACAACACGGCUUCUGCGGUGAUCUCCAGGUAAAAUCAAUCACAGACAUCCAACAAAUUUCAGAGAACUUAUCUCAAAGCUUUGCUUUUGGACAGCGAGAAGUUGCACCUGCACGGGCAAGUAAACAAACUCCUACGGGUGCUUCCGAAAGACCUACAAAGAAGGUAACACGUUCGAGUGUUCGAGCAUCCAAUCUUCAACAGAUCUCCAAAGCGGCCAAUGCUAUGAUUGGUGAAAGAAACUAACCAUCUACAUGCCCAACAAAUACGGCAGAGAAAACCUCCAAGGAGGCUCGAGGUGAGAGGGCCUUAAUGGUGUCUCUCAUGUCAGAAAGCAUCCGUUGCCCAGCGACCUCUUAGCUACACGCUGUCGCCCCGCUGAACGAAUAUGCUUCCAACGACCAGCAAUAUCCCUGGCUCCACUGCCUGGAUUUCAUCUCCUUCGAUUCUAGUUGCAACAUUUCCGAAACCACUCGCCCAGAUUUUUGUUAUUUUGUGUUUAUGGUUGGCAAUUUGUUUGGCAUGUGCUAGUUAGAUACCCCAAAAGCAUUGAGAGGCGCAAAGAAUGUAAAAUAUGUGCAGAAGAUAGUAGACAACGGAUGGAUGAAUCAACUCCAACACAUUGGAAAUUAUCAUUUCUCAUGCAUCCUCACGGUGACGUAUUCUUCGUGCAAGUACAGUCCGAUAUCGUAUUUGUGUGAGAGAUAUGUGGAAGCUCGUCAUCUCGAGUAUCAUGGAGAUUCCCUAAUCUAAAUGCCGA